AAAGGCAAAGGCUGGCAUGCUGUAGUUCCACUUCAUGUGGCUCGCUCUGUGCUACAAGCUCUACCAACUCCAGCGGUCGCUGGACCAGCCCGCGCCCACCGCUCGAUGGAUCCGGCGAGGUAGCUGCCGCGGACGAGGGCCCGGUAGGUAGCUGCCCGGUCGCAGCCAAGGGCUAGCUCCCAUGCUGCGGGAACAGGGUCCACUGGCCAGCGGCUGCGUCGCGGUCGCGCGCUCCUUUACAAAGUGUCCAGCCAGCCAGUGUCCAGCGCGCCGGGCCGCACUUGCCAAAGCGAGCGCGCGGAUCUUCCGGGCCUCCGGGGCGAAACUAGAUGGAGGAGGGCGCCGCCGCAGCUGCGGUCGGGGGGCGGCCGGUGGUGCUGUACCCGUCGCCGGGGAUGGGCCACCUGGUCUCCAUGAUCGAGCUCGGCAAGAACCUCGGCGCACGGGGCCUGCCCGUCACCAUACUCGUCAUCGACCCGCCCUACGACGCGGGUGCCACGGGCCCCUUCCUCGCGGGCGUCUCCGCGGCCAGCCCCUCCAUCUCCUUCCACCGCCUGCCCAAGGUGGAGCGGCUCGCCCCGGUCAGGACCAAGCACCACGAGGGGCUCACCUUCCAGGCCAUCCGCGCCUCCAACCCGGGCCUCCGGGAGUUCCUGGCCGCCGCGUCCCCGGCGCCGGCGGCCCUCGUCGUCGACUUCUUCUGCAGCGUCGCGCUCGGGGUCGCCAGGGACCUCGGCGUGCCGGGGUACUUCUUCUUCACCUCGGGCGCCCAGGUCCUGGCCUUCUUCCUGUACCUCCCGGUGCUCCACGCGCGGGCCGCGAAGGACUUCCGGGACAUGGGGGAGGAGCCCGUGCGCGUCCCGGGCAUCGCGCCGUUCCCGGCGACGCACGGCAUCCUGCCGCUCAUGGCGCGGGACGACGCGGCCUACGAGGGCUUCCUCAGCUCCAGCGCCGAGCUCUCCCGCUGCGACGGCGUCAUCGUCAACACGUUCCGCCUGCUCGAGCCGCGCGCCGUCGAGGCCGUGGUCGCGGGCCGCUGCACGCCCCCCGGCCUCCCGACGGCGCCCGUCCACUGCAUCGGCCCGCUGAUCAAGUCGCAGGAGGUGCUGGGCGAGGGCGGCGAGGCGUGCCUGGCGUGGCUGGACGCACAGCCGGAGGCGAGCGUGGUAUUCCUCUGCUUCGGCAGCAUCGGCCGGUUCGGCGCGGAGCAGAUCAGGGAGGUGGCGGCGGGGCUGGAGGCCUGCGGGCAGCGGUUCCUGUGGGUGGUCCGCGCCCCGCCCAUCGACGACCCGGCGAGGAAGUACGACAAGCCGCCGGAGCCGGACCUGGGCGCGCUGCUCCCUGAGGGGUUCCUGGCCCGGACCAAGGACAGGGGCCUCGUCGUCAAGUCGUGGGCGCCGCAGCGGGACGUGCUGGCGCACGCGGCCGUCGGCGGCUUCGUCACGCACUGCGGCUGGAACUCGGUGCUGGAGGCCGUGAUGGCGGGAGUGCCCAUGCUGGCGUGGCCGCUCUACGCGGAGCAGCGGAUGAACCGGGUGUUCCUGGAGGAGGAGAUGCGCCUGGCCGUGGCCGUGGAAGGGUACGACAGCGAGAGCGGGCUCGUGGCGGCCGGGGAGGUGGCGGCCAAGGUGCGGUGGCUCAUGGAGUCCGACAGCGGGAGGGCGCUCCGGGAGCGCACGCUCGCGGCCAUGCGGCAGGCGCACGACGCCCUGCGCCAGGGCGGCGAGUCAGAGGCCGCACUGGCCGGGCUCGUGGACGAGUGGAGACGCGCUUGACGAGGUAAAGGUGCGAGAUGGUUCUGAUUCUACGGCGACGGGCGUUCAGCAGGCAUCUAUCAGACGAUCACGACAUGGUCGUCACUGUGGCGUUGCGUGCGUGUGUGUUUGUGUGUGUGUUUGGGGGUCAAGACUCGAGUGUGUUCCUUUAUUUGGCUGCGACUGUGGAAAUGAAGAGUAUAAGCGUGAGUCUCUUACCUGUCUACUAUUCAGAUGUAAGCAGGAUGGAUUCUUAUAUGAGCCCGCAAACCCGCCCUGCAAAACUGCUAUUUACAACGGAUAUUAUCUAACUGCAAA